AUGAGACCAACCCCCCUCCCCAACGGCACAGGCUCCAUUCCCCCAAUCGGGCUCGGGACAUGGCAAUCCAGCGCAAACGCGACACGCUCCGCCGUAAAACACGCCCUCCAGCACGGAUACAGACACAUCGACACGGCGCUCAACUACGGUAACGAAAAGGAGGUCGGGGGAGGAAUCCGCGACUCGGGCGUUCCAAGGGAGGAGAUCUGGGUGACGACAAAGCUGGACAAUCACUGGCAUCACCGGGUGCGCGAGGGGCUGGAGAGCUCGCUAAAUGAUCUGGGCCUUGAGCAAGAGAUGCAGAAGCUCCUGGACACCGGCAAAGUCCGCAACAUCGGGGUUUCAAACUUCCAGAUCAGCCAUCUCGAGAGACUCCUCAAUGAUCCCUCGUGCAAGGUCAUUCCGGCCGUGAAUCAGAUCGAGCUACAUCCGUAUAACCCCUCACCCAAGCUCUUCGCAUACUGCACUUCGAAAGGCAUCCACUGCACCGCAUACUCCUGCCUAGGCGGCCACAGUGACAGCCCCAUAAACGGCCGGACCGAUCUCCUUCAAGACCCCAUUAUCCUCGAAAUCGCGGCAGCAAAAGGGAAGACACCGGCACAGAUUCUGCUAAAAUGGAACCUCCAGCGCGGGGUCAGCGUGAUCCCCAAGAGCGUUACUCCGGAGCGGAUCGAGAACAACUUUGACCUUGAGGGGUGGGAGUUGAGUGAGGAGGAGUUUGAGAUGAUGACUGGCAUCAAGACGCGCGCGAAGGUUGUGGGCGAUGGCUGGAUGCCGAUACGGGUCUUCACUGGGGAUGAUGAGUAG